UCCUGCGGAGCGAGUUCGCUGGAUGCGGGCAAAGCGUUUUCCCAACCAUGAGCGCCCCUGGCUUGUCGGCUGUGGCGGAAAGCUACCAGACGUUCAACCCCAGAGCCUACCUGCAGAACAACUACAUGCCGCCGCGGGCCAACUUUGCCAGCGAGGACUUUGUGGUGCCCUGGAAGCUCGGUUGCCUGGCGGAGGCCUUUGCCACAGGGGAAAUCUAUGGCCGUACUCUGGUUGACAUCGGCACGGGCCCCACCAUCUACCAGCUCCUCAGCGCCUGCGAUUUCUUUGAGGAGAUUGUGGCCACAGACUACCUGGAAGUAAACCGGGACGUGAUCCGCAGUUGGGUGCGCGGAGAAGAACCCGGGGCCUUUGAUUGGUCCCCCUACAUCCAGCACGUCUGUAAGAUUGAGGGCAAAGGGGAGCCGUGGAAGGAGAAAGAGCAGAAGCUGAAGAAGAAACUGAAGAAGAUCUUCCCCAUCGACGUCCACCAACCCAACCCACUGGGCUCUUUGCUCGGCCAACCCGCCGACGCCUUGGUCUCCUCCUUCUGCCUGGAGGCCGUGAGCCCCGACCGACAGAGCUUCGACCGAGCCCUGCAGAACGUCACCACCCUCCUCAAACCUGGCGGCCAUUUCCUCAUGAUAGGGGCCUUGGAGGAGUCCUACUACCUGGCCGGAGAAGCCAAGCUCCGGGUGGUGCCGGUCAAAGAGGCCGACGUCCGAGAAGCCUUCGCCAAGAGCGGCUACCACAUCCGCAACUUCCGCUCUUACAUCAUGCCCCCGAGUCUGAAGAUUGGGGUGGAUGAUGUCCAGGGUAUCUUCUUCGUCCAUGCGCAGAAAUCCUCCACCUGA